AGUUUGGAGAGCGUGUUGAGUUUAAUCAAUUCAUAACGUCGAGAUGGAGCCGAACUCACUGAAGUGGGUGGGCUCGUCUUGCGGUUUACAUGGACCAUACAUUUUCUAUAAAGCCUUUAAAUUUCACCAACAAGCCAAGCCGAGGAUUUUGUCUUUGGGAGACUUUUUCUUCGUCAGAUGUAAACCUGAGGAACCUAUUUGCAUAGCGGAGCUGCAACUGCUCUGGGAAGAAAGGACGAGCAAGCAACUUUUAUCAAGUUCCAAACUUUAUUUUUUACCAGAGGAUACUCCCCAGGGACGCACGGUCACACACGGAGAGCAUGAAGUCAUCGCAGUGUCCGAGAAGGUGAUAGUGCGCCUGCAGGACCUGGUCAAGUGGGCCGUGCCGGACUCGUCGCUAUGGGGACACGGGCUGAAGGCGGAGCCGGUGAAGCCCGCCGUGCUGCAGAAGCUCGGCACCAACGGCAGACGGGAAGCUCUGCACCGCUACAGGGACACGACCUGGACCAGCGGCCUCAACUUCAAGGACGUGCAGAGGGAGCGGGCUAAGCUAGGUCAAGAGGAGGACGGCCGCAAAGUCCUGGUCCUGAGUUACCCGCAGUACUGCCGCUACCGCUCGCUGCAGGUGCGUCUCCGCGAUCAGCCGUCGUCCCUGCUCAUCGACCACACGGUGCUGGCGCUAGGGGGCAUCGCGGCGCUGGGCGGGGCCACCAGGAUCCUGUACUGCAGAGACACCUUCGAGCACCCGUCGCUCCUGCACAACGACAGCAUCUGCGACCAGUUCGCUCCUAAUCUGAAAGGACGACCUCGAAAAAAGAAACUGUCUGUGUCCCAGAGACGAGACUCCCAGAGCCAGGGUCAAGGUCAAGGGUCAUCGGGGUCAUCGGGGUCAUGCCAGGGUUCCACAGUGGCCUCAGUUCAGGACCCCAGCACUGCAGAAAACAAAGCUCCUAUAAAGGUCAAACCGAGCUGCAAAGUGAUACCCAACGGCAAAAUACCUCCCCUCGCCAAACACAAGGCCAACAACCUCAGCAAGAAGUGCGUGAACGAAGAGCGAGAGCGGGCGAAGGAGAAGGAGAAGAGAGAGGAGAGGGAGGUGAGGGAGGUGAGGGAGGUUUUGAAGGUGGAGCUGGAGGAGAGGAGAGAGGAGGAGCUGUCGGAGGAGGGGCGGGCGGAGGAGCAGGCCUUCUUAGUGGAGCUGUACAAGUACAUGAAGGAACGAGACACGCCCAUCGAGAGGAUCCCCUUCCUCGGAUUCAAACAGAUCAACCUUUGGACCAUGUUUCAAGCUGCGCAGAAACUGGGAGGAUAUGAGUUGAUCACAGUUCGGCGACAGUGGAAACACGUUUAUGAUGAACUAGGCGGAAACCCCAGCAGCACCAGCGCGGCUACGUGUACGCGCCGCCACUACGAAAGGCUCCUCCUUCCGUACGAGAGGCACAUUAAAGGCGAGCAGGACAAGCCCCUCCCCCUCACUAAACCCAGGAAGCAGGAGGGCGGCGCCGAGAAGGUACCAGGAGCCAAACUCAAAGGACUGGGGACCAAGAAACCCAAAAACCCCAACAAUCCCAAACAGGCCAUAAAAAAGGAGAGAGGAGACGCCACUGCAGGCCCAGAACAAUCACAGGAUUUGAGCUCUAAAGACGAGAUACACGGUCGGUCUUUGGUGAAUCCAGAUGAACCCAUUGUAAUAGAAGAGGAAGAGCUGCACCUGACGCUGAAGGAGGAGACUCUGUCGACGGAGCAGGGGUCUCUGCUGUGCCCCAAAGAGCCCGACUACAGGAGCCACGUGUCCGGCCGCGCUCUCCUCACGGUGCCCUGCCCUCCGCCCGAGUGGAGGCAAAUCAGCGACGCCCUGCAAGUCAAACUGACCUGUGAACAGCCCACUGACGGGCACUUCCUCCACAAAAACCCCUACCUGCCUCAUCGAUGGGACCACCACAAACCUACGGCCCACAUCGCCCUCCCCGAGACCACUCCCAGAGUAAAGGACACUGCAGAGAGCCACGGAGGGAGAGUGGGCAAAGUGCUGCCCAUGUGCAAACAGCUGGAGCGUCAGAGCACGGACAGCAGCUCAGAGGACGACUACGGCGUCAUAAAGAAAGAGUCUGCAGCCUACAAGGCCGGACAGGGCGUCAUGUCCCCGCUGGCCAAAAAGAAACUCCUGUCCCAGGUGUGUGAGUCAAACACGUUUGCUUUUUCUCUUCAGCCUUUAGCCCCGCCCCCCUCCGCCUACUCGGCGCUCUCCCUCUCGGACAGGGACACGAAACAGAGAAACGAGGACUCAGGACAGAGGCCGAGCUCGGACGGUCUGUCUGAGGUGCCCAUAUUCAGGCCCUCUGUGAUUCAACACGCUCAGAGCACUAAGACUCAGCACCACAGCAGCGGCCAGACAGACAGAGGAGAGCUCUCUGAGGUCCUCAGCCGCGGCGCACGCCACAUUCAACCCCAGGUCAACGCGCCGUGGCAACCGUACCUCUCCCCGGACGCGAGUGACCAGGACAAGCUGGUGCAGCAGAGCGCAGGAGUUCAGUCCAGAGGCUACGCACACGACUGUUACUCAUCACCUCACCUCAACAGUCUGUACCGACAGACGGAGACCUGCCUGAGCCAGGACCGGCUCUCGGGUUUCACCAACGGCGAGGGCAGGAGGGAGUACGGGCGCGAGCGCGACGGCUUCGUCUGCAUCGAACCAGAGGGACUGGCCUUUAGAAGCCACUACAGCGACAGGAGUCAGGACAGAGAGGCCGAGGACGAGCCCAGAGACUUCAGCAUCUCCAAACAGAGGCUGUCUUCAGUCUCCAAGUCUUUCUGUGCUUUGUCGUAUCCCAUCAUGCACCAGAGUUUGGAGUCGCACCCUAAGGCGUGUAAAGUGACUCCCAUGACUGUGUCUCCCUCUAAACAGACUCCUGACACACAGACGUCAUUCCCCAGCCCCAAGACCUCGUCUGAAUCUAGUCCCAACAGACCCAGUAAGAGGAGUGUAGCAGAAGCCGAGAGCGAGGACGCCCCCCAGAGGAAGGUGCGGGUGGUGACCCCCAUCCACCCCACCGCGGCGGCCCGUCGCAGCGACCCGGAGGAGCUGAAGGCGGCCGAGCCGGCGCACGCGGUUCACCUCAACAAUCAUAUCCCGGAAGGCCACCCGGCGACCGCCUACCCCCACGCCGCACUGUACUCGGGCCUGUACGCCCCCAGCCUGGUGUCUGCUACUGCACAGGACGGCCUACAGCAGCACCCGGGCCUACAAUACCUCAAGAGCCAAUCAGCAGUGUCGCCCCUGGUCCCGCCUUUAGCCUUUCACUCCAUGAUGUUACACAGGCAGCUGCUGGCGGCCAGCCCCAGCGCACACGCCUACUACAGGCACCCGGGCGGAGCCGCCCUGUACGGGGACCUGCUGCACCACCUCUACCCCCUGUCCACCCUCCCGCCCCCUCAGCUGUCCUCGGUACACCCCAGCACCAGACUGUGAAUCACAUCGUGCUAAAACACUGACAUUACCAACACAUGAACCCGUCAGGCUGAAAAGUCCUGUGUAUUUUGCAAUUAGUUCUAUACUUUGCACUGCUCUGUAUUUUUAUCACCACUUACUGUAUCUUUGUGUUGUAUUCUUAUUUGCACAAGGCUCUUGUAUGUGUAUGUGCCCACAUUUCCGCUCUCAGUCAUUGUGAGUCAGGUCUGUUGCUUUGGACAAUGUUUUAAAAAAGUGAAAAGCAACAGUAAAGCCAUUGUUUACUGCAUCUGAGGGCUAAACGUGGUUGCUUGGAAACACUAAAGUGAUGUAAAUGAAGUGUUUGCUCUAUCAAAGCUGUGUUCACCAUCACCACCACACCGAGUGCAUCUUACACUGAAGCCGGUGGUGUUGCAUGUUUACAUUUCCCUGUCCACGGCGGCUCGACGCCGCUGCGUUUCAUGACCUCGUCUCAUUGUGUCUUUCUGAGGUGCUGUGUUGGCAGACGUACUGUACACACUAUGACUCACUGCAGGUUUAAUAUUACUUAUGUAUUUCAAAUACAUAGAACAAUAAAUCUACUAUGUUUUAUGUCAGAAAAGAAAAAAGAUAAACACUUUGAUUUAGUCUCCACAGAAAAGGCCCUUAUGACUGUAGAUUGUAGCAGUGUUUAGUCCACAGGACUCGGCGUCAUGAAGCGGCUGUGGCUGUGGAACGCUCUUAAGACAUCAGCAUUUCAUCUUUUUACUCCUAAACUUGAAAAGCUCUUUCUGUUGUAAACAGACUUAUGUGACUUUAGAAGAAUGUUGUCAUUUAGGAAAUCAUUGCUUUGCAAAUACAGUAUCUGUGCCUUCUGCAGUCUGGGAUUAGAACGAGCGUCAGAUUUAAUUGGUUUUAUUCUGUAGCAGGAUCAUUAUUAUUGUCACUUUGAAGAUAAUGCAGAGCCCUUAACUCACUAUAGGCAACAGACUUUAUGAAAUACUAUUUCUAUAUUUGCUUUGAAUUAACUGUAAGAAAAAUAUAUAAGUUAUAAAGUUAGCGCUUUAAAAAAGUCCUCGGCUUGAACGCGGCACACGUGUUUACGGCUGAACAAAAGGUACAACGUAAACGCUUCAGCCCCAGGUCGAAGGGAACACCUGCUCCGGCUUUUACAACCACUACAGCUGCAGUUAGUGGAAAUACACAGUGGACAUGUCGUGUGUGGGAUAGUUUUACUGAACUUAAAUAAAAGAACAUUCAUUUUUUACCAAGUACUGUACACUGCUGUGUGAAACUGACAGGACUCUGGGCCAGCCCCUGUACAGGUAUCGCUCAUACGGGAUCAAAUGGCAAUCCUUCUGUCUUAUUUGGAUGUACAUAGCUCUGUAGAUAAACCGCGUGGCUGUUAUCAUAUACAGUUAUAAUCUGUACAUAGUAUAUAAGCGAUAUAAGUCGGUUACACAAUCUAGCUGUGUCCUUGUUUGCUCGGUUUCAAGGUCACCAUAAACAUUAGAUUUUAACACUACGAUUUAAGAACUAGAAUAUUCUUUUGUUUUAUUUUUAUGUUGUUUUCAUCAAUGUGCAUCCUUAAAGUGUUUUUGAUACAUUUUACCAAUCAUCCAGCUGGCAAGCAAGACAAAAAAUAAAAACAUUUUGUAUGAUAUGACUUCCUGUAUAUUUAAUUAAAAUAUUUUACUAUCUACACAA